GCUAUUUGCGCUUCCAACAGCGCGCAGUCUAGAUAGGUGCACAGUUUGAAAUGCUGGCUCAAUUGUCUGUUUUCUGAACGAUGGAUCUACGCUACUUUGCUAUAACAAACGAGAAACAUAUCGUUUGGCAUCGGUCGUUCUCAAAACGUAGCUUUGAAGACGUGGUACUUAAAUAUCUGUUAUGUAAUCCUCCAGAUCAAGAUAUAUACUAUAGUGAAGGGGAUUUCUCUCUUCACUGCCUGACCGUUUCAGGACUUUCCUUUAUCGCGGUAACCGAUCGAAAUGCUUCUCGACAAAAAUUUCGGAACUUGGUUGUAGAGGUUUCUCGCAAUUUCCUAAGCGAUGGUACAAGAUUUCAAAGGGCUAAAAGUGGUGGUAAAGAUUGUUUACAACAGUCUUAUAAUAUAACCUUGGAAGAUUUGAUGGAAUCACCCAACUCUUCUAAGGGAAAUGAUUCGUUGGACCAGUUACGUAAUAAUGUGAAUACUGUAACAGCUGUGAUGCAAGAGAAUACUAGACUAGCGCUUCAACGAGGUGAUCGGUUAAACAAUUUGGUCAGUAAAACAGAUGAACUUGCAGCCAGCGCUAAUCAAUUCCAAACAACUGCUACAAAAGUGGCCCGAAAAACUUGGUGGGAAAAUUUUCGUAUGAAAUUAAUUAUUGUUGGCGUUGUCGGUGGCAUACUUCUGGUAAUUGUGAUAAUUAUACUCUGGCAGACUGGAGUGUUCAAUAGCAAAUCGCAACACCAGUAAUAAUAGCAACAGUAAAUAAUUCACUUCAUAUUGUUUAUUACAUGGAACAGAAAAUGCAAAGAAACACCCAUAUUAAAAUUAGGUGAGAUAUUCGAUGUGUUUUUUUUACAGGAUCAAUUUAUACAACACUUAUUCCAUUCAAACGUCUUGUUAAAAUUUCCAUUUUCUUUACUGCGACAUGUUUUCCUUUUUGUCCCUCGUGACAGAUAAAUUUUACAAAUGAUGACAAUGAUUGUUAUUCCACAGUAUAUUGUAAUUUUUAUGCUAUACUAUAAAUAUACAUACUUGAGUCUUUUUUUGUAAUCACUAUCCCUACUACUAAUCCUACAUUAACUACUUCUCACUGAUAUAAUGUCUUUUCUAUAUAGGCGCAGAGAUUUAAUAACAAUUAUAUAUAUAUAUAUAUAUAUAUAUAUAUAUAUAUAUAUAUAUAUAUAUAUAUAUAUAUAUAUAGUGUUCGGAAUGAUUUUUUCACUCAACAUCUAUCUCCUUUGUAUGGAUGACUAUCUUUCCGAUGUAUAUUGAUUAUUUAUUCUUUAUUGAUUCCAAUACACAUUUUCUUUACCUUCAAUAACAAUGUCUUUUUGAAAGCUGAUGAUUAUAAAUAAAUGAAAGAUAAAAGAGGUACAAACUGUUUGAUAACUUUUUGUUGGAAUUACACUUUGUAAACGUAUGUAUUUGUGUUUAUGCGUGCGUGCGUGCGUUCAUAUAUGUUCAAGUGACUUCAUAAUAAUACCAUCAUUAUUCAUUUUCAUCAUUAUUUCCGUGCCCUAUCCUUUUUACUUCUUCUCUACAGAUAAUCUAAAGUAUACUCAUUUCUGUACUAUUUCUUCUUGCGAUUGUUUUUAUUAUUAUUAACAUUAUGAAAAAAAUGUGUAUUUGGAAUUUCUUCUCUGGAAGAAUUCCUUCUUAUUAUUGAUUUAUACUUAUCAUGGUUUUACUUUUUACCAGAUUUAAAUUAAUAUGUUUGCUCAAUAUACAUAAAUUUUCUUUUCCUUUUUUUAAAAAAAGAAAAAUCAUAUUUGUCGUGUAAUGAAUACCAACAAAAUUGAAUUCUAAAUUUGUUUUGGAUUUCUGUAAAAUUAAUGGAAUGAUUGUAAUGUUGAAUCUGUGUAAACGCAUAAAUUUAACAGACUAGUUCAGGUGUGUGUUGUAUUUGUUUUGGUUACUAUAGUGUUGACAUAUCAACGAAGUAAAACAUGGGUGUUUACCAAAGUGAUUUUUCAUUUUGAUUCAUUUAAGUUUUGGAUUUUGUUUAAGACCCGUUACUUCCAUUUAGUUGUGCAUUCGAAACCAUCUCCAUAUUCUGAUGUUUGGACGUACGAAUUGUAGUACUAUUAGGGCAUUCGUUAUGUUUGGCUGAAAAUGUAAUAUGCGAACAUUUAUGCAGUUCCUGAGAUUAGGAUUAUUUAUUAAUAAAAAAGUAUUCCUAUAAAUAGGAGUAAACUACAACCCUUAAAAAACCGAUGAAUUCGUAGACAUUUUAUAAAUGUUUUAAAAACAAAACUCAUAUGGUUAAUGAGGUUGAACAGAAAUUCCCUACUGAUUUUAUUAUCUAUACAAAUAUAAUGUCAGUAAUGAUGUUACAGAUCACUAUUUUGUCAGAUAGUUUUUGCAAAGAAGAAUAUAAAGUUACUUAUGAUGUGCACAAUUAUGUGAUGCGAAAUAUUCUAUCUCAAUUAUUGUUGUAACUGUAUCUUUUCCUGAGAAUAAAAAAUUUCAUGUGUUAA